CUUCAAUGUAGUUGUUUAUUCAUCCAGUUCAACUUCAGUGUAGUUGUUAAAGCGAACGGUAACGCACGUAAAACGCACAAGUAGCGCGUAUUGUGCGUAAUUUUAUUUCAGUUUUUAUACAUUCGAUUUGUUUUUAAGUUCAUCGUAUUAAUUAUACCAAAUAUAAUAAUAAGAUACGGAAUGGCGUCGAAGUUUUUAAGAACCACAAAUAGGAUAAGUGUGUUACGAAGUGGUUCAAAGUGCACCAGUAUUGCUAUCAGAAAGAAUGGCAACUGGACGCAAGAAGGUAUAGUCAAAUCACCAUUCGUGAAUGUGGAUAUCCCAAAUUGUACUUUGUAUGAUUAUGUCUGGCAGAAUUUAGAGAAAUGGCCCGAAAGAACUGUCGCGGUAUGCGCGCGAACUGGAAGAGGUUAUACUUACGAACAAGCUUUUAAUUUAUCGAACGCCUUCGCAGCAAACCUUCGAAAGAAAUUUAAAAUACGAGAUGGAGAUACUGUUAUGGUGAUGUUGCCGAAUAUUCCCGAUUUCCCUCUAAUAAUGUUGGGCGCAAUGGCGGCCGGUGGUAUUGUUUCUACUUUAAAUCCAGUUUAUACGGCACAUGAAAUUCAACGCCAGUUAUUAAUGUCCGAUGCUAAAGUGAUAGUAACCUUACCGGAAAAUGUAAACACCGUUAGAGAAGCAUUUAAACUUGCGAAAAAGAACAUUCCUAUAAUAGUUGUAAAAACAAACGGAGAUGCAACGCCUGAAGGCACGGCGGUAUUUAAUGAAUUAAGUGAAGAUGUACACGUAGACAAGUCUUGUUUGAAAGAAGUAAGAGUAACCACCAAUGAUGUUUGUUUCCUGCCAUAUUCUAGCGGUACUACGGGAUUACCGAAAGGUGUAGAAUUGACUAAUAGAAAUAUUAUAGCGAAUUGUAUACAAAUGAAUGAACCUGCAAUACGAUGUAAUAAUGAGACAACAGCAAAUUACCAAGAUGUUGCUCUGGCGAUUCUACCAUUCUUCCACAUUUAUGGAGCAUCAGUUGUCGCUUUGCACAAGAUAUCACAAGGCCUCAAGAUUGUGACUAUAGAUAGGUUCCAACCGGAUACUUUUAUUGAAACACUAGAGAAGUUUAAAGUAAAUUUGCUGUACCUAGCGCCACCUUUAAUAAUUAUGAUGGCGAAUCAUCCUCUGGGAUCGGCUAAAACAUACCAAUAUUUAGAAACUGUCAUCAGUGGUGCCGCUCCAUUGGCUCCGUCUGAUGGAGAAAGGUUUCUCAGUAAGUUUCAGCGAGAAAUUCGUUUUGGCCAAGGUUACGGACUCACGGAAACCUCCCCUGUGGUAGCAGUAUCACACAAAACUUUAAUCAAUUCUGAUAAAGUGGGUUAUGCACUUCCAAGUACAGAAUUAAGGAUUGUCGACGAGAAUUUGAAAAACUUAGGACCAAAUGAGAUGGGCGAACUGCUAGUAAGAGGACCUCAAGUGAUGAAGGGCUAUAGAGAUAAUCCCGAAGCCAAUGCUAAUUCAUUAAUAGAUGACGGUUGGUUCAGAACUGGUGAUCUAUCAAUAGCUGAUGACCAAGGGAUAAUCAAGAUUAGUGAUAGGCAGAAAGAAUUGAUUAAGGUCAAAGGUUUUCAAGUACCUCCAGCAGAAUUGGAAGCAAUUUUACGAGAGCAUCCAGCUGUUUUCGAUGCAGCUGUAAUUGGAGUUCCUCACGACACAAAAGGCGAAACGCCAAAAGCGUUCGUCGCUUUCAGACCUGGACAUAGUGCUGAUAUUAAGGAUCUGUGUAAUUUCGUCGCCACUAAAGUGGCUCCGUAUAAAAGAAUUGACGAUAUUUCUAUUCUGGAGAGUAUACCAAGAAGCGCAGCGGGCAAAAUUUUGAGAAAAGACUUGAGAUCUAGAUAUUGUUAGCACGUUCAUUUUAUUAACUGACUUCAAAAAAGGAGGUUACUCUGGGUUGGGAGGGAGGUUGUAUUGCUUGUCGAUGUAAUUGAAGUCGGUUUUUUUUCGUUUGCGAGCAGACACAAUUGUUCUAAGAUCUUUUUAGGUGGGGUGUGUUAGGUAAGCGCGCGGAGAAAUUGUAGGUUGUAAAUACUAGGUUAUUGUUGUAUUAAUGACAUAUACGUAAAUGUUUAAUAAAUUGAGGAAAUAGUACAUUUGAAUUACGAUCGGUAACGGGUCUAUGAAUAUAUUUUAUACAUUUUUAAACUAGCAGUUAUAUUUUUAGACGUUGUUUAUUUUUAAUGAAUAUAUACGUAUUUUUUUAUAACUUUUUUACUUUGACUAUUUACGUUUUUGGGUUCUCGGUAAUCUUGCAUGGUAUUUUGAGUUACAAGAAAAACUGUAUUGAAACAAUACCUUAAAUAGUUUCUGAAUAGGUAGUUUCUAAUCGACUGAUAUUGACGUAAAUCCAGUUAGAAGACCUGUAAUAGUUUAAAAAUAUGUUCACAAUGGAUAUCCUGCCUUAUAUUUAUAGUAUUUUAUCUUCACCUCAAAACGAUGAUGAAAUGUUCUUUUUCUAAAAAACUUACAUUAAAGACAAAUACCUAAU